UAAUUUAAUUUCGAGUUCCCAGUCUCAAUAUGGCAGGCAGUGUUAAGGCAAAGAAAAAAUCCAAGACAAAUACAUUUGUGGAAAUAGCAAACAGAUUUGAACAAUUAGUGAAACAACCGGAUCGCUAUCUAAAGCCGCAGCCAGAAUCAAUAGAUUCCAUACAUCAGCUAAUAAAGCAAACAUACAACGUUUGUCUCACUAGCGAUGUGGAUAAAAAUGGAGACAUUCCCUCUGAAAUUGUGUUGGAGGAUAUGGACGACGAACAGAUCUGGCAACAGCUAGAAAUACGCAACAAUUUGAUGUUGGAAAAGCUUAUAAAACAAACCGCUCAAUUUUUAGCAAUUGGGGAGCAGAAUUUGGGCAUCGAGCUGGAUGAAGAAGAGGAUCCAAAUGAGCAAGAUAGCGAUAAAGAGGUAACCGAAAAUGAUGAUGAACAAGAAUCUGAAUUGGAGGAUUCUGGCGAUGAAAAUAAAGGAAAGACCAAGUCAAAGUCCAAGCAAGUUAAGCCAAAAUAUAGCAAAAGAGGCAAAGGCUCUGUGGUAGAUGAUAAAUUUUUCAAACUGGACGAAAUGGCACAGUUUUUGGAGCAGGAAGAUGCAAAAGAGAUGCGAAAACAAAAGAACAAGAAGCCGGUAGAGGACAUAGAAGCAAUUAAUCAUUUUGCAGAAGAUUUUGGAGUUGUCGAUGACUCGGACGAUGACGAGGCUGGCGCUAAUGCUAACUUUGCCGAUUUCUUCGAGAUGGACGAUGAAUUGCAGGCAGAAUCCCAGAAGAGAGGUACACAAAAAGAUUUCUUCAAGGAAAGCGACAGUGAGCCAGAUGAUCAAGAGGAUAACGAGGUAGAACCGGAAAAACAGGAUGAGUUGGAACCUGAUGGUGAUCUAGCAAGCGAAAUCGAUGAACAUGACUUUGUGGCACAAAGUGGAGUGGAGCCUGCAACCGAUUCCGACUCCGAAUCGAACCACUCAAAGAAUGAAAAGGCAGAGGACGAGGACGAAGAUGACGAUGAGGAAUCAGAAUCAUCCAAAAUGCAAGCACAGUCGUCAAAUGAAUUGCGUGAGGCGAGACUUCUGCAGCGCAUUCGAGACUAUGAAGAUAUUGUGCUUGGCGAGAAGCCGUGGCAGUUCAAAGGCGAAGUGCAAGCCGCGAGUCGUCCACAAAACUCUCUGCUGGAGGAGAUUCUCGAAUUUGAUUCAACGACUCGACCUUCGGCUCCGAUUACAGAUGAACAAAAUCAGACCAUCGAGGAUAUAAUAAAGCAGCGCAUCCGCGAUAGAGCCUUUGACGAUGUGGUGCGUACGGUGCGACCGGUGCAUACACCGCAGGAAUACCGAAAGCAACUUGUGCUUGAUCAGGAGAAGUCGAAGCAGUCCCUGGCACAAAUCUACGAGCAGCAAUACCAGCAAGAACUGGACAAAUUAGACCCCAAUCGCGAUGACGCAGAUAGUGCGGCUCCUGAGCCGAAGGAACAUCAAGAAAUUAAGCGAGCAAUGCACACACUCUUCCUCAAGCUGGAUGCACUCUCCAAUUUCCACUUCACACCCAAGCCGGUUGCACCCGAAGUCAAGAUCGUCACCAACACGCCCGCCAUCCACAUGGAAGAGGUUGCCCCGCUGGCAGUUAGCGAUGCCAAAUUGCUCGCUCCGGAGGAGGUGUUCCGUGGUCCCAAGCACACGCCGAUGGGCAAGACAGAACGCACACGCACCGACAAGAAUCGUGAACGGCGAAAGAAGAAGCAGAAGCAGCGUGCCAUUAAUACGGCUAUAGAAAUGCGUGAGCAGCAACGGGCCAAGGAGGGCAAGGCGCCGACCCAGCGGGAAGCAAAUGCUAAGCUUCUCAAAUCAAUUACAAAGAGUCGCAAUGUACAAAAGAUUACCGCCAGCAAUGAUCAAGGCGCAUUGAAAUCCUCCAAGGCAUUCUUCAAUAAGCUACAGGACAAAACAUUGUCCACGUCCGCAACUGCUGGCGGCAAGCGUCCCAAAAAGGACACAUCCAAAGUCAAUGCGAAAAAACUCAAGUUGUAAAUACAUAUAAGGAAAGAAACUUGUAAAUGUGAAUUAUAUUUGUCAAGCGAA